GCAAGAAGGUUUCAGGGAGAAACACUUCCUUCUUCGUGGAGGAGGAGGAGAAGCCGGGACUAAAGGGGAGAUUUCUUUUCAGGAAUCUUCUGUUGUGUCUGAGAGAGCGCUGCAGCAGGGAAAGAGAAGAGAGCCCGAGACCAUGGGGCCGCCCCGACGGACAAGAAUGCCAAUGGAGGCAACAGCAGCUCUGAGUUUGGUGGUGAUCGCACUUGCGUUUGCUGCACAGGUCGAGGCGUCGCCUUACGAGUACAAGUCUCCGCCCCCGCCUGUUUACGAGACUCCUGCUCCAGUCUACAAGUACAAAUCUCCGCCCCCUCCACCACCGGUUUACAAGUACGCUUCUCCUCCCCCACCUGUUUAUCACGCUCCUGCUCCUGUCUACAAAUACAAAUCCCCACCUCCGCCUGUCUACCACUACAGCUCCCCACCACCACCAGUCUACAAAUACAAGUCACCACCUCCUCCAGUGUAUCAUGCUCCCGCCCCGGUCUACAAGUAUAAGUCUCCUCCCCCGCCAGUCUAUCACUACAGCUCGCCACCACCACCUGUUUACAAAUACAAAUCCCCGCCGCCACCUGUGUACCACGCCCCUGCUCCAGUUUACAAGUACGAAUCUCCUCCGCCACCGGUGUACAAGUACAGCUCACCACCACCACCGGUUUACAAAUACAAGUCGCCUCCUCCACCUGUUUACCACGCCCCGGCUCCAGUCUACAAGUACAAAUCCCCGCCGCCACCGGUGUAUCACUACACCUCCCCGCCACCACCUGUUUACAAGUAUAAGUCUCCACCGCCGCCUGUUUACCACGCUCCCGCCCCAGUCUACAAGUAUAAGUCACCGCCGCCACCUGUUUACCACUACAGCUCCCCACCACCCCCGGUUUACAAGUACAAAUCUCCUCCUCCCCCUGUCUACCACGCUCCAGCACCGGUUUACAAGUAUAAGUCUCCACCGCCACCGGUCUAUCACUACAGCUCCCCGCCACCACCGGUGUACAAGUACAAGUCGCCACCACCGCCUGUGUACCACGCUCCAGCACCGGUUUACAAGUAUAAGUCGCCUCCUCCACCUGUUUACCACUACAGCUCGCCACCACCGCCGGUCUACGAGUACAAAUCCCCGCCACCUCCUGUGUACCACGCCCCGGCUCCAGUUUACAAGUAUAAGUCACCACCGCCUCCGGUCUACAAGUACCAAUCCCCGCCUCCACCGGUGUACCAUUCCCCGGCGCCGGUUUACAAGUACCAGUCUCCUCCUCCUCCUGUUUAUUAGCUCGUCGCAAGCUAGAGGCACACGCAUAAGGUAGAAGAUGACAACAAGUGCUGCAGGAUUUUCCUUGAAAUAAGGACACGCGUGGCCGCAGUGGAAACGGAGCUGCUGCACAGAAAAAGAGAGAUGUGAGAACGCGAGUGUAUAUAGAAAACUGGACAAAAAGAAAACAAAGAAGCAUCAUCACAGGAGGCCAUCCACGAAGUGUUCAGGGAUUCUUUCGAGGGUUGGACGUUACCUUGGUUCAUCCCGGUUUUUCAUAAAAUAAGCUCGACGAGGGCGCAAUGUUUUUUUUUUCUCCUUC